UCUCCUUCACUAACAUUUACCUUGCACAUGCCCUGUCUGGCAUGAUGUGGAUCUUCAAUUACCAUUACCACCUCCAUUAUCAAAUUUGCUUAGCUCUGCCGAAACCCAAGACUACCUUUCCCUUCCUAAAACGUUUCUUCUCUUUCUCCCCUUCUUUUUACAGACCCAGCGGCCAAAAGAAAGAAAGAUAAAAACCAUUUCCUUUUUAUUCUUUUGCAUGUUUUUGGCCUCAAACUACAAGAAGAACAACCCUUACCCAGCAAAGCUUUUGUAUUAAAUAACUUAUUUAGUCCUGAUCAUACCUUAGUUGCUUGUAGUUUUUUGCUCCUGACUCUUUGUCUGUCUACUGAGAUCUUCUUUUCUUUAUCUAAUUUGAGAAAUUGUAAACAGCUGGUGACUUUGAAGCAUUGGUUUGUUUCUUUUUCUCCUUUAUAAAGAUUGGUCCAUUUUGCAAGUAGUCUCUUUUAGAGCUUUGAUCGAAUCAAACAAAGGAUUUGCUCAUCUUUAGAAGGAUCUGAAGAGACUUCUCUGUUAGUAACCAAAUAUGGCUUCAAAAUCAUUUAAACUUAGCCGAUCAAGUUUGUCGGUUAGCUCAGAUGCUACUGACUCUCAGAAGCCUCCACUGCCUCCAACUGUGACAUUUGGACGAAGAACUUCUUCAGGUCGCUAUGUCAGCUACUCAAGGGAUGAUCUUGAUAGUGAACUGGGGAGUGGUGAUUUCAUGAACUAUACAGUGCAGCUACCACCCACACCUGAUAACCAACCCAUGGAUCCAUCUAUCUCACAGAAGGUUGAAGAGCAAUAUGUGUCGAAUUCACUCUUUACUGGCGGCUUUAAUAGUGUCACAAGGGCUCAUCUAAUGGAAAAGGUGAUUGAUUCUGAAACAAGCCAUCCCCAGAUGGCUGGUGCCAAGGGAUCCUCCUGUUUGAUUCCAGGCUGUGAUGCAAAGGUUAUGAGUGAUGAACGAGGUGUGGAUAUUUUGCCUUGUGAGUGUGAUUUUAAAAUAUGUCGAGAUUGCUAUAUAGAUGCAGUGAAAACUGUGGAGGGAAUUUGCCCUGGUUGUAAGGAGCCUUAUAAGAACAUUGAAUUGGAUGAAGUAGCUACAGAUAAUGGGAGGCCACUUCCACUCCCUCCACCACGAACAGGGUCCAAAAUGGAGAGGAGGUUGUCAUUAAUGAAGUCAACAAAGUCAGCCCUCAUAAGGAGCCACACAGGGGAUUUUGAUCAUAAUAGGUGGCUUUUUGAAACAAAGGGAACUUAUGGAUAUGGAAAUGCUAUAUGGCCGAAUGAUGCAGGUUUUGGCAAUGGGAAGGAUGAAGAAGUUGCUGAACCAAAAGAAUUUAUUAGUAAACCUUGGAGGCCACUCACCAGGAAACUAAAGAUACCAGCUGCUGUCAUCAGCCCAUACAGGCUGCUAAUUUUUAUCCGGAUUGUGGCCCUUGGCUUGUUCUUGACAUGGAGAGUCAGACAUCAAAACAAUGACGCAAUCUGGCUGUGGGGGAUGUCAGUUGUUUGUGAGAUAUGGUUUACUUUUUCUUGGCUUCUUGACCAAUUUCCCAAGUUAUGCCCAAUUAAUCGGGCCACAGAUCUUAAUGUAUUGAAAGAGAAAUUUGAAACACCCAGCCCUAGUAAUCCCACAGGUAAAUCUGAUCUCCCUGGCAUAGAUGUCUUUGUCUCUACUGCAGACCCAGAGAAAGAACCACCCCUUGUCACUGCAAACACUAUUUUGUCAAUCCUAGCUGCUGAUUACCCGGUUGAGAAACUUGCUUGUUAUGUAUCUGAUGAUGGGGGUGCGCUUCUAACGUUUGAGGCCAUGGCAGAAGCAGCAAGUUUUGCUAAUAUUUGGGUUCCUUUCUGCCGUAAACAUGACAUUGAGCCCAGGAAUCCAGAAUCUUAUUUCAAUUUGAAGAGGGAUCCUUACAAGAACAAAGUGCGGCCAGAUUUUGUCAAGGAUCGCCGGAGAGUGAAGCGUGAAUAUGAUGAAUUCAAGGUCCGAAUUAAUGGCUUGCCUGACUCUAUUCGCCGUCGUUCUGAUGCCUAUCAUGCUCGUGAGGAAAUAAAAGCGGUGAAACUUCAACGACAGAACAGAGAUGAACCUGUGGAGAAUGUAAAAAUUCCAAAAGCUACAUGGAUGGCUGAUGGUACGCAUUGGCCAGGGACUUGGAUGCACCCUGCACCUGAGCAUUCUAGGGGUGAUCACGCGGGUAUAAUACAGGUGAUGUUGAAACCUCCUAGUGAUGAACCACUGCAUGGAAAUGCUGAUGAUAUGAAGAUACUGGAUUUUACUGAUGUAGAUAUCCGUCUCCCACUACUCGUCUAUGUUUCUCGUGAGAAACGUCCUGGCUAUGAUCACAACAAGAAGGCAGGGGCCAUGAAUGCGCUUGUUAGAGCCUCAGCCAUUAUGUCCAACGGCCCAUUCAUUCUCAACCUCGACUGUGAUCAUUACAUUUAUAACUCCCAGGCAAUGAGAGAAGGCAUGUGCUUCAUGAUGGAUCGAGGUGGUGACCGCAUCUGUUAUGUUCAGUUCCCUCAGAGGUUUGAAGGCAUUGACCCUUCUGAUCGAUAUGCUAAUCACAACACUGUUUUCUUUGAUGUCAAUAUGCGUGCACUUGAUGGUCUUAUGGGCCCAGUGUAUGUUGGAACUGGAUGCCUCUUUAGGAGGAUUGCCCUAUAUGGAUUUGAUCCUCCUCGAGCAAAAGAACACCACCCAGGUUGCUUCAGCUGUUGCUUUGAACGCCACAAGAGUCAUUCCUCAGUUGGAAAUACCCCAGAAGAGAACAGGGCAUUAAGAAUGGGUGAUUCUGAUGAUGAAGAGAUGAACCUCUCUGAGUUCCCAAAGAAGUUUGGCAACUCCACAUUCCUUGUUGAUUCAAUUCCAGUGGCAGAAUUUCAAGGUCGCCCUCUUGCAGAUCAUCCAGCUGUUAAGAAUGGACGCCCACCUGGUGCACUUACCAUUCCUCGUGAGCUUCUUGAUGCAUCAACUGUUGCAGAGGCAAUCAGUGUUGUCUCUUGCUGGUAUGAAGACAAGACGGAGUGGGGACAGCGAAUUGGAUGGAUUUACGGAUCUGUUACUGAAGAUGUUGUCACCGGUUAUAGAAUGCACAACAGGGGCUGGAAAUCAGUUUAUUGUGUGACCAAGCGCGAUGCCUUCCGUGGCACUGCACCAAUCAAUCUCACAGAUAGGCUUCAUCAAGUCCUCAGGUGGGCUACUGGUUCUGUUGAGAUUUUCUUCUCGCGCAACAAUGCCCUGCUGGCCAGCCCGAGAAUGAAAUUCCUGCAGAGGAUAGCUUAUCUCAAUGUUGGUAUUUACCCAUUUACUUCCAUCUUCCUGAUUGUCUACUGCUUCCUACCUGCACUGUCCCUCUUCUCCGGCCAGUUCAUUGUCCAGACCCUUAAUGUUACUUUCCUCGUCUACCUGCUCAUCAUUUCUGUAACUCUAAGUUUACUAGCUUUGCUCGAGAUCAAAUGGUCUGGCAUUGCAUUAGAGGAGUGGUGGAGGAAUGAACAGUUUUGGUUGAUUGGAGGGACAAGCGCACACCUUGCUGCUGUACUUCAGGGGUUGUUGAAAGUCAUUGCAGGAAUUGAAAUUUCUUUCACCUUGACAUCGAAAUCAGCUGGUGAUGAUGUGGAUGAUGACUUUGCUGACCUUUAUAUUGUCAAAUGGACUUCUUUGAUGAUACCGCCAAUUGUGAUCAUGAUGGUCAACUUAAUUGCAAUAGCAGUUGGAUUUAGCCGGACAAUAUACAGUGUCAUUCCACAGUGGAGCCGUUUAAUAGGUGGGGUUUUCUUCAGUUUCUGGGUCUUGGCUCAUCUCUAUCCUUUCGCCAAAGGUCUGAUGGGAAGACGAGGAAGAACACCGACCAUUGUCUUUGUGUGGUCAGGGCUUAUUGCCAUAACCAUAUCCCUCCUUUGGGUGGCUAUCAAUCCCCCCUCUGAUACUAACCAAAUUGGAGGCUCAUUCCAGUUCCCUUGAUAUGCCAAUCAUUUCUGCUGAGUUGCAUUUGUUCAAUGAUUCUUCAACUAGAUUUUAGCUUAUUUUUUUUCCCUUAAAAUUUUUUAUACCGGACAAAAGACAAGGAAAUGUUCAGUUCCUUGUAUCCAUUUUCAGUGUGGCAGUUCUAAUGGAGGGGAGCAAGAAGCAGAAAUUCUAGUGCCGGUUUUCCAGGCUUGCCCUGGGGAUCUGCAUUUGAAAUGUAGAACUUCUCUAAUUAAUUGCCUAAUCAAGUUUUGACUUUUGAGUCUUAA